AUGUCUGGGUCAAGGUUAGGUCUGAUCCCCACAAAUAAAAUUCAAGUUGGUCCCUCCACUCCUCCCUCCAUCCCUCCACCCCACCUCCACCCCUCCCUCCACCCCUCCCUCCACCCCUCCUCCCUCCUUCCCUCCCUCCUCCACCCCUCCCUCCAUCCCUCCUCCACCCCUCCCUCCCUCCAUCCCUCCUCCUCCCCUCCUCCAUCCCUCCUCCAUCCCUCCCUCCACCCCUCCCUCCAUCCCUCCCUCCACCCCUCCUCCACCCCUCCAUCCCUCCCUCCAUCCCUCCCCCACCCCUCCCUCCAUCCCUCCUCCACCCCUCCUCCACCCCUCCCUCCCUCCUCCACCCCUCCCUCUAUACCUGCUCCACCCCUCCCUCCAUCCCUCCUCCACCCAUCCCUCCUCCAUCCCUCCCUCCAUCCCUCCUCCACCCCUCCUCCAUCCCUCCUCCACCCCUCCCUCCAUCCCUCCCUCCAUCCCUCCUCCAUCCCUCCUCCACCCCUCCUCCACCCCUCCUCCAUUCCUCCUCCAUCCCUCCUCCAUCCCUCCCUCCAUCCCUCCUCCAUCCCUCCCUCCAUCCCUCCUCCAUCCCUCCUCCCUCCAUCCCUCCUCCAUCCCUCCCUCCAUCCCUCCUCCACCCCUCCUCCAUCCCUCCUCCAUCCCUCCUCCCUCCAUCCCUCCUCCAUCCCUCCCUCCAUCCCUCCUCCAUCCCUCCUCCAUCCCUCCUCCCUCCAUCCCUCCUCCAUCCCUCCCUCCAUCCCUCCUCCACCCCUCCUCCAUCCCUCCUCCAUCCCUCCCUCCAUCCCUCCAUCCCUCCUCCAUCCCUCCCUCCAUCCC